GAACAGUUUGUCCGUUAUUCUCAUACAAGACGACCGUUACUCCGUCAAUGCCGUUUAUCUGAAUGACUAAUUGAAAAAGAGAGCUUAAUGGCUACUAAUCCCACUUAAGCCACCGCAUCUUUCCACAGCUGUUGCCAGCUUCGCCGCAUGCACAACGGAGCACAUGAUCUCCAGCUAAAAGAUCCAACUUCUCCUUCAAUCAUGGCUUCGUAAAAUCGUCAUUCUGAGCUUAACAGGCUGGAAAGCGCCAUUUUUUUGAAAGAAGAAGAAGAAGAAGAAAACACCCAGUAGAUUGAUCCGGUGGACUCAUUCCAGCGGGUCUCUCUCUGGAAGCAGGAAACUUGCUGAAGAAGCUUAGAUAUUGGCUUUGCUGUUCUUCUUCUUUGCACAUUUCGGUUUUACGAGCUGAGAUCCGCUUCGGAUCUUUCCUCGUUUGCUUGGGUGUGGAAGAAAUUUGUUAUCUUUAUUAUUGGUAUCAUUGAAUUUAUGAUUUUGAACUUGGGAGUUUGGUCUAAGCGGGAGAUUUUCUUUUAAUUUUUUUCCCUUCGUAUCGCACGUAGUACUAUAGUAGCCAUUUUUUACGGGUUUUUAGGGUUUGAAAUGCCCAAAUUUGGGAGAUACGUUUUGGGGACGGCAUGGACUGAAAUAUCUAGCAUUGGAUUCUAAUUAGGAGCAGUUUGCCACUAGGUUUAGGAAAUUGGAAUUCUAGGCAAAACUGUUAAUCUAAAGAUGGAAUUUUGGAGAUGGAAAUGGUGCUUCUCAAUGGUUACCGUCACUGCCUUCACUUUUUGCUUUUCCUUUGCUGAAUUCAUUCCACCAGAUAACUAUCUCUUAGCUUGUGGUUCUUCUCAAAAUGUGUCUGUUGAAGGUCGGACUUUCCUUCCUGAUUCAGAGCAAUCCUCAUUUUCCCUGAAAACCUCAGAAGAUACUGCAUUUUCUUCCCCCCAUAACUCUCUACCUUCCCCGAUCUACAACUCCCUCAGGAUCUUUUCAGAGCCAGCCUCCUACAAAUUCAACCUCCAACAAUCCGGCCGCCACUGGAUUCGUCUCUACUUUUCCCCCCUUCCUGGCUCCAGCCAUGAUCUGAGCUCCGUGCUGCUCACUGUUGUCACUGAAGAUUUUGUCUUAAUGAACAACUUCACCUUCAAGAAUUCCAAUCUUUCUUACCUCUUCAAGGAGUAUUCUGUCAAUGUCACCUCCCAUUCAUUGCUCGUUACCUUCAUUCCAUCCAAUGGAUCAAUUUCAUUUGUGAAUGGGAUUGAGGUCGUUUCAGUACCUGAUGAACUGAUUCAUGAUCAAGCUCUAGCAAUCCCAAAUGCUCCUUACAGUGGCCUCUCUGAGCGCGGGCUUGAAACCAUGUAUCGGUUGAACAUUGGAGGCCCUUUGCUUACUUCUCAGAAUGAUACUUUGGGAAGGAUUUGGGAAAAGGAUGGAAAGUAUCUUCAUGUAAAUGGUUCAGCUGUGAAUGUUUCUGUGGAUCCUCUUACAAUAAAAUAUCCUGAUGGGGUGAUACUAGAGACUGCUCCAAAAUGGGUCUACGCUUCUGCUGAUGCAAUGGGAGAUCCCAAUGUCACUGAUUUGAACUUCAACAUCACAUGGGUUUUCUCUGUUGAUCCGAGCUUUCUGUAUUUUGUUCGUCUCCACUUCUGUGACAUUGUCAGUAAGGCUAUGAACACAUUGGUCUUCAAUGUCUACAUUAAUUCUGAUAUAGCUAUCCCAAGCUUGGACCUCUCUUCCCUUAAUGGAUACUUGUCAGUGCCUUACUACAAGGAUUUCAUUUCAAAUUCUUCAAAUAAUACUAGCAAGAUGUAUGUAAGUGUAGGUCCUGAUAGUAUGGCUGACUUUAGCAAUGCUAUUCUGAAUGGACUUGAGAUCAUGAAGAUCAGCAAUGACAUGAAGAGCUUUGAUGGGCUGAAUUCUGUGGUAGAUCUCCAUCAAGCUUCUUCCUCGAGAAAGAAUACACUGGCCAUCAGAAUUGGGACUGUAAUAAGUGCCCUUCUUGCUUUGGGAUUGAUAGCUUUCUGCUGCUGCUUCUUUGUCACUCGCAGGUCGAAGGCCAGUUCUCAUACUCAGUCAUGGUUGCCUCUUCCUCUAUAUGGGAACUCCCUCACAAUCAGUAAAAUCUCAACAAUUUCCCACAAAAGUGGUACUGGGAGCUGCACCUCUCUGGCCUCUACUAACCUCGGUCGAGUGUUUACAUUUCAAGAGCUCAUGGAUGCUACAAACAAAUUUGAUGAGAGCCUGCUUCUUGGUGUCGGCGGGUUCGGCAAGGUCUACAAAGGUACUUUGGAUGAUGGCAAUAGGGUGGCUGUGAAGAGAGGAAACCCAAGGUCUGAGCAAGGUCUGGCUGAAUUCCACACUGAGAUUGAGAUGUUGUCGAAGCUUCGGCAUCGCCACCUGGUUUCAUUGAUUGGAUACUGUGAUGAACGCUCAGAGAUGAUCCUGGUUUAUGAAUUCAUGGCAAAUGGUCCACUGAGGAGCCAUCUUUAUGGUUCAAAUCUUCCACCUCUUUCAUGGAAGCAAAGACUUGAGAUUUGCAUCGGUUCAGCAAGGGGCUUGCAUUAUCUCCACACUGGAGCAGCUCAGAGCAUAAUCCACCGAGAUGUGAAGACAACCAAUAUUCUGUUAGAUGAGAGCUUCGUUGCGAAGGUGGCGGAUUUUGGCCUGUCAAAGACUGGUCCAGCUUUAGACCAAACGCACGUAAGCACUGCAGUUAAAGGGAGCUUUGGUUAUCUCGAUCCUGAGUAUUUCAGAAGGCAGCAACUAACAGAAAAGUCUGAUGUCUACUCUUUUGGAGUUGUUUUAUUGGAAGUUUUGUGUGCAAGGCCAGCGCUGAACCCAGUACUACCAAGAGAGCAAGUAAACAUAGCAGAGUGGGCAAUGAACUGGCAGAAGAAGGGUAUGUUAGAGCAAAUCAUGGAUCCAGAUCUGGUAGGAAAGAUAAAUCCUGCUUCACUUAAGAAAUAUGGUGAUACAGCUGAGAAAUGCUUAGCAGAGCAAGGAAUUGACAGGCCAUCCAUGGGAGAUGUGCUGUGGAAUCUAGAAUAUGCACUCCAGCUUCAAGAAACCUCUGCACUUGCUGAUCCAGAUGAGAAUAGUGUGAAGAGUAUUCCUGGUAUUUUACUGCCUGGUUUGGAGCCUUUGGAUAAUAGUGUGAGCAUGGCCGAGGGAAUGAACUCAGCCGGUUACGAUGACGCCGAGGAUGCUGCAACUAGUUCUGUUUUCUCUCAGCUUGUUAAUCCACGAGGUAGGUGAACAAAAUUUCAAACUUGUUAUUACAAAUGCUAUUAGACCUUGCAAUGGGGGCUUCAUUACAAAUAUAGAAAUAUAUCUUUUGUAGUAUCCCAUGUUGUAGCUUGGACUACAUUGUGCCGUAUUAAACUUAUGAUCAUUUCAGCAUAUUUGUUUUAGUUGUUUGAGGUUUUAUAGUUUGAAUAUUCAAAGUUCUGUUUUAAGUUCAAAGAGAAUCUUCAUGACUCUUGUUUUA